CGAGCUUGAAUCGACAUGGAAGGGCUCAUAGAAUAUGUCGCACGACACUCUUGACUGCCAGUAUGCGUGCUAUAUGCGGUCUGGCAUGACGUUUGAUGUGUUUUUGGAAAGCAAGUGAAAACAUGACAGCUGAGUAUACUACAUGUUCAAACUCUUGAAAAGCGGUGGUUAAAUAAACAGCGUUAACCAUUGCAUCUUGCUGGAUGAUACUAUAAAGAGGCUUGUCGUACGCUUCUUGUGGUGAACAGCAGUCGAGACAUUCCAUAUCUUAUCUUCCAAUACCCGUACUUGUUUAAUCCACAUUCGCAUAAUACUUUAUAAUACCCUAAUACUCCUUCCUUGACGGAACAGAGCGAGACACCUCUAUCAUUAUGAAAUUCCUUAUUUUUUUCCUACCGUCGGUCACACUUGCCGCCCUCGCCUCAAUCUCACAAAAUGAUGUGCAGAGCGGCGGCGGCUGCAAGCCCAUGACCGUCCUCUUUGCCCGCGGAACGACUGAGUUGGGCAACAUGGGUUCAAUUGCUGGACCACCUUUUGCCAUCGCUCUUGGCGCGAUGAUGGGAGGUGCUGGUAACGUCGCUGUUCAGGGCAUCCAGUAUCCAGCAGAUGUGCCUGGUUUCCUUGUUGGUGGAGACAGAGGAGGCAGCCAGCUCAUGGCACAGAUGGUCGGACAGGUUCGGGCUCAAUGCCCGGACACUACACUAGUAAUGGCAGGCUACUCACAAGGUGGCCAGCUUGUCCACAAUGCUGCCGAUAUGCUUAGUGCCGAGGACUCGGCAUUUGUGUCUAGCGCAGUCAUAUUCGGUGACCCAAACAACGGCAAACCGGUCGGCAAAGUCGCAGCAGCAAACACUAAAAUCAUAUGCGCACCUGGCGACCUCAUCUGUGCAGGCCAGCCUAUCAUAUUGGCACCUCACCUGUCGUAUGGUGCUAACGCGGCUCAGGCUGCUCGAUUUGUCAUGAGCAACAUGGCAGCUGGUGGCGCGGCGGCUGGAGCAGCAGCAGGAGCAGGUGCAGGUGCAGGUGCAGGUGCUGGUACUGCUAAGGGGGCUUCCAAGGGGGCCACCCGAGCGGUGCAAGCAAAGUCCUUCAUCUCUUAGACCCCCAUGUCGGUUUGUAGACUCUUCUUCACAUGAUGUGCU